GGGGUGUGGCUGCAGGACGGGCUCUGCUGGGCUCGGUGUUGUUUCCCUGCUUCAUCGCUGGCCUGGGUGAAGGGGUCGGUGAGGGCUCAAAGCUGGGAGGAAUGGCUGAGCACCCCGAGGGCUGUGUGGCCCCUCAGAGGGAUCUCGGCAGGUUGGAGUGAUGGGAAGAGAGGAAAUGUCUGGAAUUCAACAAGGGCAAGUGUAGGUGCUGCAGCUGGGGAGGACCAACCCCAGGUACCUGCACAGGCUGGGGGUUGGAUGGAUAGAUGGAAGGGGAAGGAACUGUGGGUCCUGGGUGACAAUGAGCUGUCCCUGAGCCAGCAGAGUGUGCUGGGGAAAAAAGGCCAAUGGGAUCCCGGAGUGCCUUGGGAAGAGCAUUCCCAGCAGGUCGGGGACAAUCCUGCCCAUGUGCUCAGCUCUAGAGUUACCUCUGGGUGCUGUGUCCAGCUCUGGAUCAUCCUCAGCACAGCAGGGACAGGAGCUCCUGGAGCUGAGCAAGGGCCUGUAGCAUCUCUGUGCCCAGGAAGGGCCGAGGGACAUGGGGCUGCUCAGCCUGGAGAGGAGACCCAGCUGAGUGUCCCUGGGUGUCUCUGUGUGUCCCUGGCUGUCCCUUGGUGCCCCUGGGUGCAGGGAGGGUCACAGCAGGGCCAGGCUGUGCUCCAGGCCCCCAGCUGUGGCACCAGAGCCACGGGCAGGGACCGAUCCCUGGAAUUCUCCCGGCACAGGAGGCAGAACUCCUGCCCUGGGCAGUGCCCAGCCCUGAGCAGAGACCAGAGAGGCUGCGGGAUCUCCCCCACCGGAGAUAUCCCAGACUUGUCAGGAUGCAAUCCUGAGCCCUGUGCUCUGGGAUGGCCCUGCUGGAGCAGGGAGGAGCCACCAGUGACCCACUGUGGUCCCUUCCAUUCAGGAAUUCUGGGAUUCUGUGUCCUGCGGGGAAGCGCCGCUGCGGUGGAACCCCGGGAGAGUUUCCUGCCACUGCCAUCAGCAUCGGCCCCUUUCCGGUGACUGACAGCUGUCAA